CCUCCACUGGCAUAGACGUCAGAUACCCCGCGCGCCCUCGCGACUACGGAAUGGAAAUCCGCGAUUUAAAUUUUUGAUUUUAGAACGAGUUUUCUUUUUUCGUCGCGCGGAUUUUAAAAUGUGAUUGGCUGCUGUUUUUCCGAAUGUUUCCCGCGCUUGAAUUGUUCCUAAUUCAAAAGUGAGUGUGUGUUUUGUGAAGGAGAAAGUUGUUGCGUUAUUUUUCUUCAUAAAUAUUUGAGAUGUGAGUUUCUUAGUGGACAGGAAUGUAAUAAGGCGUAAUACGUAUUAACUGUUGAAAGUGAAAAUUGUUUUAAGCCUGUUUUGGAACAGAAGAAUGCAUCACGGAAAUUCACACAACAGUUCGAAUCAAACCGAACAAAGAUCAAGAAAUGCAAGAUAGUGAAGUGAACAAAAUAAAACCAUGACUAUAAAUUUAAGUGUGUACGAACAACAAGUGCUAGUGCUACCAAUGUGACACUCCCUUCUAUUAGUGCCAAAACAAUGUAUUGGGGUAACGAACUCAAAUUAAUUUAUGCAACAAUAAUUUUAAUGUUGGAAAUCAACGUAAAUACGGGUGCGAUGGAGAAAAUGUCUUCCAUAAUGACAGAAAAUAUGGACGAUUUGAAAUCGUUGGAAGUCUGUAUGGCGAGGAACCAGCAACGGUUGGGCAGUGUGUACGGGAAUUUCACGAGACAUCAUAAAAAAGGUCACAGGAGAAGAACAACAACAACAAUUCCAACAACUGUUAUUUCCACAACGGAGCUUGAAGAAACAACAACAUAUGGAACAACAGAUCCAGUUUCCGAAACAACAAAUGCAAAACUACCCAAACCUCUCCGCCUAUCAGCCUCCUCAUUAGAAGAUGACUAUAAUGAAGAUAAUCAUAAUGUAGAUAAAGAAUUAGAUGAAGAAAUAAUUGAUAUAAUAGCCAAAGAAAGGCACGCAAAGCAUCAUAAUAGGAAUAAAGAGUUAAUACAAGAUAUAAGUGAGACUCGAUCGAGUCAUUUAAAUAAAGUUAAGAAAAUGUACAGAGACUCCACGGCAUCUGCUGUGAAUAGGUUAAAUGCUAAAUCUAGUAAGAAUGGAAUAUUUUUGACUGAAAACUGUACUACGGUGUUAGCACAGAUCGGGACUAUGGCGGUGUUGCACUGCGAAGUUAGUGAUAUAACGGAGAACACGGUAACGUGGAUCAGGCGGAAAGAUUACUCCUUACUCUCAGUUGGACUCGUUACUUAUAGCGCAGAUAAUAGAUUUUACUCUGCGCACGGGCGACACGUUAAGGACUGGGCGCUGCACAUCCGGUUCGCGACGUCAGCCGACGCCGGGUACUACGAGUGUCAGGUGCCCACACACCCGCCCACCAGCAUCUUCUUCAAACUGGUGCUAGUUGCGGCCUACGCGGAGAUCAUGGGCGAGUCAGAGAAGAUCAUCCACGAGGGCUCCAUGCUGCGGCUGGUGUGCGUGGUGCGGCGCUCCACGGAGCCCCCGUCCUAUGUCUUCUGGUACUUCGAGAACCGGAUGAUCAAUUAUGAUUUGAAUGGCGUGAGCGUGCACAACGGGCGGCAGACCAGCGAGCUGGUCAUCGGCAAGGCGCAGCCGAGACACGCGGGCAACUACACCUGCGUGCCUGCCAACGCCAAGGCCGCGUCUGUCACUGUGCACGUUGUACAGAGUGAAACGCCAGCCGCCAUGCAACACGGAAACAACUCUUCUAGCUCUCGUAAUAGGGUUCAUUUCCUAAUAAUACUCCUUCUGGUUAGCCUUAUGUCUAGAUUAAGUAUCAAUGGUCACUGUAAAGAAUUAGGAUAACGUUUUAAAUCAUAAUAACCAGUAUUAAUCCAGUAUGAGUUGAUGUAAAUACUUUAAAUAAGGUUAUUACUCUUGUGAGAACGGUGUUUUUACCUCUGACGUUUUUGCGUUAUUAAUCUUCGAUAACAUCUUCACUUCAUCAUAAUAUAACCUAACCAACUUUAACUUCAACAACCCCUUAAAAUUCAACAGAUAAUAUUUGAACGGCUAUGCCGAUUUUGAUAUAAUAUCUAAGUACCUAGUAAGCUAAGAACACUCGGGAUAACAUUACCUGUGACAAAAAAAAAAACAAAAAAAAAAUCGGAGGGUUUGGGAGGGACGCUACCACUUACCAUACAGACAGAUACACAGAUACGUUAAACAUUAUAACAAACUAUUUCGUCGGGAGUUAAAAUGAUGAGGUAUUGAAAUGAUUAGCCAUAUAAAUACUCUGUUCGAACAUAUACCUAAGUAUAAAGAAUUUUAAGUUACGUCAAAGGUAAAAUUACUCUGAACGGUCUAUAUACCUAGUUACCUACUACCUUUAGCAUUUUUGUGAUAGCAAUAGCUUCUUAUGACGUGGAAUUUAUCAGCCGACGAUAUAAUUAUGUACUAUCGGGGAAUCGGCCGGUGGCCUACCUUAAAGGUAAGAACUACCUGCCGCACCCACACAUACACGCGCUCGACCAAUGACUAAUGAGGUAACAAAGACAAAAGCAAAAAAACACUCUUUUGACAGUUAAAAAAUAAGAAAUAUAUAUACAAAGGAGGCCGUUAUUAUUAUGAGGUCGUAUCAGUAACAACAUGGCUCUACACAGUAUCAGCCAAUAUCCCCUUUUCCUUAAAUACACGCCAUUGGUUCACACGUAUGGAAGGGGCGGGGCUGCUACGAUGGGGUGCGUAACAAGCGAUAUUGAUUUGAAAUCGGGCAUGGAUUUCCCCGAUAGUACUUAUCUUUUCGGGCAUGAAAAACCAACACAAUUAAAAAU